AUGACUCUGUCUGCCAAAGAAUUAAUAUUAAUACCGUUUGUAAUUGCGUGUUUGCCAGAAAUCAACGAAUCGGCUGUCCCAGAGGUUUCCAGAAACGAUGAGAUUGGAUCCAUCGCAAGAGGGGUUGUGACAAACUCGACGAGCAAUACUUCGACUGCUUGCCAUUUUCACAUUUUAGAAUCAUCCCUUAAAAGUGUCUUAAAAUUAAUGCUCAAUAGCAAAACGAAUGUAAUAAAACUGAAUGUCUGGAUUGAAUCGGUCAAUGAUACUAUGACUCUCCUGAAUAAAACUCGAGUCCUAACAGACAUGCAAUGGGCAAAUGAAAUAGGUCGUACAUUAUACUCGUUAAUAUUUGAAACAAGAAACCUACAAUCACUGAUUAGAUUUCUGCCAAACGUUACAUUGACUGCUGGAGUUCGCGAUGUGAACAUUGUUGUUUCUGAAGAAAACGAAAGGUGUUUGUUGUCGGGAAACAAUACAUUGGAUAAUGCCAUUUUUGAUUUCCUCCUGCGUCGGCUUUAUCUUGUCAGUGAUGAUGACACCGAUUAUCAGUUGUGUCGCACCGACAACCUCACAUUAAAUUGUUGUGCGAUAGUUGGAGAUAAAAAUAUACCAAUCUGCUCUUACUAUUCGUCAAUUGUGACAAAUUUUUAUAUCGUCAUUACAGUUGCAACUGUGUUGUUUUUUCCUUAUCUAGCGUUGCCUUUAAUGCUAGACUAUUUAAGUCGGUUUAAGAAAGAAAGUGAACAUUACACGAUCUCCGAUAGUCCAAUGGCAAUUUCAUCUAUAUUUCAUACGAUAUUUAUCGAAGGUCAUGGUCCAGCAAAGUCUUUUGGAAGGAAACUGUUAUUUUUAAUUUUUGUACUUGUGAUACGUUUACCCGUGUGGAAUGUUGAUGUAACUGAAUUUUCUACAAUAUUUUGGUAUAUCUUUCUAGGUUUAUGGACAUUACUGUUCAUGAUUUCCGAUUUAUACAGCUUUAACGAUGAUUUAUUUCAACACGCUCAUUUCGUACUGAAUGACUCAUCUCUUUUCUCUAAAGAUAUCUUUAGAAAUUCUUUCGAGAUUAUUACUUUGCCAUUUAAUUUGAAAUUAUGGUGGCGGAAGGUCAGUAAGGAAUGGCCACGUUUCUAUAAUAACUUGAAGUUAGAUUUAAAAAGAGAGUCAACUGAAAUGACAGAGCGUACUGGAUUACCAAAUAGAGAGUCGAGUGAAGUUACAGAGCGUACUGGAUUAUUAAAUAGAGAGUCAACUGAAAUGACAGAGCGUACUGGAUUAUUAGAGGUACAAGUACAGCAACAUGGAAACGAGUCCCAAGAUGGUGUUGAAUAUUCUCGACAAAAUUACCCGGAAACAAUCGGAUGUGUUGAAAUAUGGAAGUACCGUAUAUCUAUUUUUAUUUUAAUCCUUUUAUAUGUUGGAAUCGCUUUCCCGUUUUUAUGUGUUUUUGCGUUAUUGCUUUUAUCUUUCUAUUUUUGGAAAUUUUAUAAACGGGAUCCGUCAAAUUCGUCAGAAGUUCUAGCUGCAACAGGUUUUUAUUCGGGGCAUCUCUCUACCUCCGCGCUACUCAUGUAUUCUUCCCAUACAUUCUUUAGUUGUACGUUUUUAUUUACCAUUGGUCUGUUUCUAAACGGAGAAACAUACAAUAAUUAUUUUUUUCCACUUUCCACUAUCUUGUUAUAUUCAUGGACUAAUUGGAAAUCUUCGGUCGAAACAAAAAAUUUAGUACUAAUUACGACCAUUUACGAAGUUUGCAAAGAAACUACACCUGUUCAACCUACUGCACUCGCUAACUCUGGAGGGGAAAGAGAUGAUAGCGCUAACGAUGCUGAAACUAAGCUUCAUGUUAUAAAGUUAAACGAUGAUGGAGAACCAAUUAUUCCAAAAAAGCUGUAUAAUAUAGUCAGGGAAAAGUUCCUGCCGUACGAUCGAGUUUUGUUUUACUAUUUUAUGGGAAUAUUCUUUGUUACAGUCUUCGCCUUCUUUUUAUACACAAUGAUAUCAUUGUCUGAGAGAUCCGGUGUCACAAGCAGUGUUCAAGUAAUUGGUUCUAUGGCCGCCACUAUAUUACCGAUUAUUUUCGAUUUCGUUUGGAGAAAAAAUAGCGGCGAGCAAAAAGCGGCAAAAAUUACUGCUUUGAAGUUGAAACUGAAACGUGUUUUGAAGGUUUACAGUUCAAACGAAACUAAUGGGGAAAUUAAAGUGGAAUUUCAGCAACUGAAUAGGCCUACUUAGAAUGGUGACUGCGUCCUCAAGAAAUAACAUUAGUUAUGAGAAUGGAAAGAGUGUACUUCCAUGGAGGUUUUCUUGACUAAUUUUUAGUCUCAAAAUGUUCAAUUAAAGGGGAGUGGCAAUAUAUUUUUGAUUUUCUCGUUUGAAAAAACUUAAGACUAUAUAUCAAAUAUUUUGAUUAAAAGGAAGGAAAUGUCUGCCAUCUUCAAUUUUUGUAGAUAUGCAUGUCACGUCACAACAG